UUAAGUUUGUUCAGUCACUCCGAUCAAGCAGAUCACCAUGAAGGUCUUUGUCGUUCUCGCCGUAAUCCUGGCCGUGUCCAGUGCCGCCCCGCAGUUUAAUAAUGGCAAUGCUAACGCAAAUGCCAACGCAAAUGCUGAGAGUGAGGGCGGUGGAAGACCAGGAUUCAGCGGACCUGGUUUCCAGAAGGAAGGCGGAUUCGGAGGAGGAUUCGGGGAACGAGGCCCUGGAUUCGGAGGACAGGGUGGAUUCGGAGGGCCAGGACAAGGUGGAUUCGGAGGACCAGGUGGCUUUGAAGGACAAGGUGGAUUCGGCGGACAGGGUGGAUUCGGAGGACAGGGUGGAUUCGGAGGACAGGGUGGAUUCGGAGGACCAGGAGGAUUCGGAGGACCAGGAGGACCAGGAGGAUUCGGUGGUAACUCCGAAGCUAACGCCAAUGCCAAUGCUGUCGCCAACUCUGACGGAGGAUUUGGCGGUGGUAAUGCCAAUGCAAACGCCAAUGCCAAUGCCAACACCCGAGGUGGCAGUGCUAAUGCUAACGCCAAUGCCGUCGCCAACGCAUUCCGCAAAUAAGCCAACAGAUCCGAAUUUAUUCACUGAGUAGAUUUUUAAUAUUUAUAAAAAUAAAAAUAAAAAACACAAAACUAUGAACAUUUGUAAUUCUUGAAAGGCAUGUCAUCACAGUAAUGAGGUCCAUGCAAACAAGGAAAACUAACACAGAAUCCUUUUUAAGUAUAGAUCCACUAAAUUGAAUGUGCAUAAAAAGAACAUGUGCAUUUUUGCACACAUCCAAUUACAUUUUUUUUUCCAGGGGAAUGCUUUGUCAAGAAUAUUUUGAUAAUAUUUUAUUUCGAAUUUAUGCAUUUCUAUUAUGAAAAUAUAAAUGAAAUGAUUCAGUCGCAAAAUUGUUCUAGGCUGAUAAAAUUACAAUUCAUACAUUGAAAGCGUAUUUUGUAAAAAUGUUUGUAGUCUUUUUGGAAUAAAC